AGUCUCUUCACACUCUGAGCACCAAAAUCUUUCUCAAAAGCAUCGCCGCCUUGAAAUAAUGACUAACCCUGUCUCUACACCUGUAUGCGAUCCGAACCAUGUCAGCAUUCUGGCGAGUCCCUUUCACUUCCAGCCCCGAUGUGUCCGAGUAUUCGAGAGAGUGUGACACAUUCACCAGUAAGCCGUGCAGAGGUCCUUUGCCCAACCCAUAUCAGUUGCCAGAUCGAUUUACAAGUCCAUGGGUAUCCUAUCCACCGAAUAGUCACGACCUUACUUCACCAUGUUUACUGGUUUCUUCGGCAAGGCUGCGGCCACGGGGGGUAACCAGGCCCGAGAGGGGACUGCUCCCGUGGUGGACAGCUCUUGUGAAGCGCGAUCUUCGGUCCUCCCAACAGGCCUUCGGGAUGAGGGGCUUCUUGCUGUCGGGGGUGUGCAAGACUCACCAGCCGCCCCCAAAAAAACGAGAAUAUAGGAGAAAGAAAGGCUGAAUUUGAUCACUCGUUUCAGGGUGAUGUCAUGAGACUAUUUGACCAGGGCUACGAAGGGUCCGCGUACGCGGUGAACGGCUUGUGAGGCACGGACUCCGGUCCUCCCGAUGCCUUCAGGCUGAGGGGCUUCUAGCUGUCCAGGGUGUGCAUGGUUUACCAACCACCCU